AUGCAAACCCUCCUCCCCUACCGACCCCGCACCGUCAGUCCCCUAAAUGACACAGCCAACACCCCCAUCAAGACCAACAGCGUCACGCUCCCCUCCGAGCACGACCUCACGACCGCUCUCGCGCAAGACAGCGACCUCGCCACCGGAACCGUCAACGUCGCGACGAUAAUCGAAACCUCGCGAUCCCGCGUCGACUUCCUGAACCAGCAGCUCGAUAGUGAUGUCUGUCGCCACCACGGCGCACCUACGGACGGCGAUGUGUCGACAGUUAGCAGUAGUCCACAGACGUACCCUCAACAGGCGACCGGAGCGAAGCACACUGAGAUGGCAGGUGUGGGUGCUGCGGUAUCUGCACCACCGGCCAAACGUCUGUGCGUAUCGGAGUCAGAUCCUGCAAUCUCGCUGGGAUUGAAGUCAGAUAGCGGACAAGCUCCUCAUCCUCUCGACGAGCCAUCCGGUUUCGCCACAGCUGGCUGUCCAAAACUGGAUUCUGGGAUGCAGAAGCGGGAGCGCGCUUCUUGGCGUGACCGGGCUAGGGGCAGGGUAGCGAAGGCGGUGGCGCUGCUGGGAUGUUAUGGAGGGGCGAGGCGGAGGCAGGGGGAGAGGAGGAGGAGGGAGGAUGGCUGUCUCUGA